CCAAAUCCCGCAGCAUUACGCGGCACGAGCCGGAGAACUGUUUCAGCCUGCUGUGCUCCGAGUGAGUGCUUGAUGGAGACCCUGGGUGCCAAGAACUCUAUAACGCAUGGAUGGAGGGGUGAUGAAGGUUAAGAACUAUCACAAUCCUGGGGCUUCAGCGGUUUUACUUGUCCACUCGUCGAUUUGGAUGUCAGGUCUGCGAGUCUGCUGCCGUAUUAUCCCCUUUUAUAUUUUCUCAGUAGCGUGCCGGUCACAUCUCCUCUGGCAGUCGAUUCGAUUCAAUUCACACUUCCACAGCUUGUUGGGCUUGUCGUCAUCUCGUCUCUUCGAUAAACGGCGCUGUCACGAUGGUCUCUAGAUGUCUAGCGAUCCUUCUUGCCGCCACCACAGCGGUGGCGCGAACGCCGGACGGCUUCGCCCCUGCAUCCGACACCGACCUCAUCGUCGAGUACAACGGCUUCGCGGCGCUUAACGGGGUGGUGGUUAGCAAAAGCGUAACAUCCUCCGAACCGCGAAUCGGCACACUUGCCCGCCUCAAUGGCACAUCCUACGCAGUCAUGAUGAUCGACCUCGACAUCCCCACCAACAACCCAUCGCAAACCAACACCCUGCUGCACUGGAUGCAAACCAGCCUCGUCCCCUCGAGCACCGCCACGCAGCUGAACACCACCGCGGGCACCAUCCGCGCCUUCCUGCUCGAGAAAGACGGAUCCGACACGACCGCGCUGCAGCCGUACUUCGGCCCCAACCCGCCCGCGCGCGUGCCGCUCAGCCACCGGUACACGCAGGUCCUGGUCGACACGAGCGGGAUGACGGAGGACGGCGGCGAGGCGCUGCGUGCGGCGGCCGCCGCCUCGAGGAGCGGGUUUGAGGCGGCCGCGGUGCUGGCGCAGGCCGGGCUGGAGGGGAAGGUGGUGGCGGGCAAUUUCUACAACGUCACGAAUCCCGGUCCGGCACGGGCGGGCACGGUGGUGAUGAACGCAACGGUGACGGAUGCGGCCGGGCUUGUCGGUGCGACGGGGACCGGGGGACAAGUAGGGCCGACAUCCGGGACCGGGGCAGGCGCGAGUCAGACGGCUGUUCCUGUUCCGGUUCCAGUCGCUGGGACAGCCUGCUUGAGGCCCCGGGGUGUCUUAGUUGGAGGCCUUGUGAUGGUUGGGAUGGCGGUGUUGGCGUUGUGAGGGAGAAUGAUCUGGACCUACCUUUCCCGGUAUCACUUUCAGGGAAUGCGUCUCGCGCACUAUGGCGUGGACCGUGCCUUGCUAGUGUGCCAACGGAAGUAAGUAGAUCCAAGUCACGAAAAGGGCGGAUCGAAAAGAAAGUUCAUAUUUACUACGGUUGUGGCGCCCAUGUCACCUGUACAGAAUUCUGAAAAUUCAACUGAAUGGGAAGAGAGCUAAACCUAGCGCACUUGUAGAUAAUAUAAGCUCCGCUAUACAAGUAAGAAGGCCGCCAAAGCGCGGCUAUGUACGGCCCUCGAAGCGGCUCAGAAAUAUUAGCUAAGACUCAACUUCUUAUGACGCUAUAGAGAC